AUGAUAGCCACAUUGUGUCAGGAACCAGUUGAGACGUUCAUCCAGGAGGUUGAAGAGCCAGUAGAAGAUCCAGAAGAGACAGAGGAAGAAGAAGAGGAUGCAGAUGUUCCCUGUGUAGAAGAGCCAACGCUUCCUUCUCCUGAGACGAAGAUUUUAACAGCAGGUCAAUGUGUUUCUCCUGAACCAGCUGAAGAGCCAGAGGACCCAGAGGAAGAGGAGUCUGAUAGCUCCUCAGAGGCUGAAUCAGAGCCAGAUCCGAUCACUCAGCAGCCGAAGUCGUGUGACGGAGCCAGCGUGAAGCAGAACGUCACCCAGGAUGAAGGCACAUUAGCUGAGGAGGGAACUUGUGUUCCCUUCAGAUGUGAUGCGUUGAAGGCCUGCCUCAUGCGCAUUCCCUGUGUUCCAGUGUGCCUGAACUCCUUCAACCAGCUGCUGAAAAAGAACAAUAUCACUCUGCCCCAAGUGCCCCCCAUACCCAAGCUGCCCUCUCGACUAUCCAAGAUAACCCCACAGAUCCCCCCACUGCCUACCAGACUCAACCAGCUACCUCAACGAAUCACACAAAUUCCCCAGCAGAUUUCCCAGCACGUACCCAAACUUCCUGAGCACUUCCCUUCCUUCCCCCGGAAACUUCCCACUUUCCCUGAACAAUUUUCCUGCAGGUUUCCCCACGGACUUCCCAAACCAUCAGACCUCAAAACAAUGCCUAAUCCUCAGCAGCAGCAACAGAGUCGGGACCUGGAGCUGGACCAUCUGGUCCGCCAGUCCCCCCUUCACAUCUCCCGUACCCCGUCCACUUCCUUGCCCAGCUCCAUUCUGGACUUACCCAAUGUGCCAUCCUAUCCCCGCCUGCCCCCCAUCAGCCCAUCACGCCAGCUCUCAGGCCUCUCCAACCCCACCUUUAAUGGCGAAGAUGAACUCACCUCCGCUAGACCUUCAGCUAGCUCUAGAUUGAGCAUUCACCCAGCCGUAAAUGUGGAAGAUAUGGACUCAGACAGUGAGCAGCAUGCAAUAACUUCCCACCACAUGCCCCAGAUCAUCACCCCACAAGACCCCAACCUCAAAACCCUCACCGUGCCCAGACCACCCAAAUUGAGCAGAACCAGAAAGAAGCUGUACUCUUCAGGAGAUGAGGAAGAUGAGGAGCUGGAGACGCAAGUCAGGGCCUGGCCGAGCCAAAGCAGCAUCACGAGUGCUGAUGAGGCGCUGAAGGAGCGUCCCUCAUCAGCCGCCAGUCAGGCCAGCACGAUGGUGAAUGAGCGUCUGCAAGAGCUGGCCAAACUAUUUAAAGCAAGGACAGAGCGCGCCAAGGAGAAACUCAUCGAUCCCGAUGACUUGGACGAGGACACCCCACCUGACACUGCGGUGCCUCCUCCUGAGCCUCCGACGGAACCAGCGCCUGUUGAGGAGAGUCAGCCCACUCUCACUGAUGAACAGGAAGUGUAUAUCAAGCUGCUGUGCUUCAAGGUGAAGUCUCAGUCAAGGAUCGGGCGCCUGAUCCAAUACCGCUUCCCAUCCAGCAUCGACCCGUUUACCAAUCUGGGUUAUGUCCUGUGGCUCUUUUUCGUCACUUUGGCCUGGAACUGGAACGUGUGGAUGAUCCCGGUGCGCUGGGCUUUCCUCUACGAUGUCAAAGGCUCCCUUUACCCGUGGCUGAUAGCCGACUACCUGUGCGACACCAUCUACAUCCUGGACAUCCUGCUCUUCCAGCCACGCCUGCAGUUCAUCCGCGGCGGUGAUAUUAUCACCGACAAGAAGGAAAUGAGAGCCAAUUACAUGAAAGAUCUGCGAUUUAAGCUGGACAUGGUCAGCCUUCUUCCCCUGGAGCUCUUCUAUCUCCUAGAUGGGGUCAAACCUCUCCUCCGCUGCCCACGAAUACUGAAGAUCUUGUCUUUCUUUGAGUUUAACAACCGUCUGGAGGCCAUUUUGACCAAAGCCUAUGUCUACAGAGUCAUUCGCACCACCAGCUACCUUCUGUACUCCCUUCAUGUUAACGCCUGUCUCUAUUACUGGAUGUCAAACAUACGAGGCCUCGGAGCCACCACCUGGGUAUACAACGGACAGGGCAAUGCAUACAUCCGGUGUUUCUACUUUGCUGUAAAGACUCUGAUCACUAUUGGUGGACUGCCAGAACCGACCGCACUCGAAGAGUAUAUUUUCCAGCUCAUCAACUACUUUAUUGGCGUAUUCGCUUUCUCCAUCAUGAUUGGACAGAUGAGAGACGUGGUGGGCGCUGCGACAGCUGAUCAGACACACUACCGCUCAUGCAUGGACAGUACAGCAAAGUACAUGGGCUCUAACCGCAUCCCCAAAGACGUGCAGAACCGGGUGAAGACCUGGUACAACUACACAUGGCAGGCUCAAGGCAUGCUGGAUGAAGAGGAGUUGCUUGUGCAGUUGCCAGACAAGAUGAGGCUUGAUAUAGCAGUGGAUGUGAGUUACUCCAUUGUCAGCAAAGUUCCACUGUUUGAGGGCUGUGACAGGCAGAUGAUCUAUGAUAUGCUGAAACGGCUCAGAUCAGUCGUGUACCUUCCCGGAGACUACGUCUGUAAAAAGGAUGAAGUAGGUCGAGAGAUGUACAUCAUAAAGUCAGGAGCGGUUCAGGUGGUUGGCGGUCCAGACGGAAAAACUAUAUUUGUGACGCUGAAAGCAGGAUCUGUGUUCGGCGAAAUCAGCUUGUUAGCGGUGGGAGGCGGAAACCGGCGAACAGCCAACGUCAUAGCACACGGCUUUGCUAAUCUCUUCAUCUUGGACAAGAAGGGCCUCAACGAAAUCCUUGUGCACUAUCCCGAGUCCCAGAAACUGCUACGCAAGAAAGCAAAGAAGAUGCUGGCAGAUAAGAAGCCGGAGAAAAAGACAGAGGAGAAGGAGCCAGUACGGGUGAUUCCUGCGCGGAAAGAAACCCCUAAACUGUUAAAGGCCACGCUGGAAAUGACUGAGAAAUCGGGCCUGCGAGGCACACUGGCCAAGCUGAAGGGAAAAAAGAAUAACAAGUCCUGUGUUUCAUUACAGCCAUCCAUCUGUUCCUCGGUGACACCUGGCUCACCGAUCGAGAGGCAACACUCGGAGCAAGAGGCCGACAUUCUCUCUCAGAUCUCGGACAGCACAAUACAAGGACCUCCCAUCAGCCCCUCCGACCUCGAAGACCAGAGGCGCUCACUGCGUGAAGGGCCAGUGCUAAAUGAGAGGACGGUAAUGGGGAAGGACAAGAUGGACGAGUAAUCCAGAAGCGUACUAGGUGAUGAGGUAUCAAGGGCAUGAAGGGUCAACUGGGUCGUUUUCCAUCUUCAUUUUCCUGUAGAGAGUGAGUCUGGAUGGAAUAAUUAUUACACUGUAUAAAGAUAUAAAAAAAAAAAUUCUGCUUUCUCAAAAAAACAAAAACAAAAAAACACUUUGCUGGUCUGUACAGUAUUCAGCUGCUUGGAUUAAAUCUUUUAACCCAUGAAAUCAUUUUGGUGUCAGUUAUGAAGGGCAUCUUCACACGAAAUAUGAUUUGUACUGUACUCAUAUUGCUUUGUUUGAACAAAGGGCUCAAGAUACCAAUUAAUUUAACUCCAUAAAUAAGGCCAAGGUUGGAGCUGGUUUUAUUUCAGAAUUUUCAGGCUUGUGAAUACCAAAUCACAUAUUUUACAAAGUGUAAUUUUUGUGUUCAUAUUAUAUGAUAUGAUUUGAUAUGAUAUGAUUUGAUAUGAUAUGAUAUGAUGUGAUAUUAUAUACAGAUGAGUGCAAAAAUUUGCAUACCUACUGGACCCGAAUAGGCCAAAAAUAUUCCUUUGUAGCAGCUAAAAAAUUGUGUCUAAGCUUUUACAAAAACAUUCACAUCCUGUAUAUUAAGAUAUUAGUAGUGGCAAAUCCUCUAACAUUUUGUUAGAAUUUGUUAGAACCGUCUCCUAAAGCAUGGUCCAUGUGAUGCUGCUGCUUUAUAUCUGUAAUAUUUUUGAAUAUUUGGUCUGUGUUUUCCUUGAAAGGUCAUUUAUAAGGUAAUAGAAAUCAAAUGUCACAUUUAUAAAUCUGGAUUGUCCAUGAAUAAAUUGUUUGGAGUUAAUAGAACUGCCAAUAAUUGGUGUAUGGUGAGAGAGAGACAAUUUAUAAUUAUAUUUAAUAUUUAAUACAAAUUGGCUCUUACCUUCAGAGGAAGAAACAUAAUUCCAGUCCAUAUACAGUGCGUGGCUUUGACAUACUUUAUUUUGCUAGAUAUAUUUAUUUGCAUAGUCCAGUCUUCAGGUUAAACUCUGUCUGUCUGCGAAAUAUCCAGCCAUGUGCCUUAAUGAACCCCAAUCACUGUCACUGUCAACUGUCAACCCUGUGUACUUUCACAUCAUCCUUAAAGGAACAGUGCGGCCAAAAAUUACACACAUACCAUAGUGAUGCACUAAUAGGGCUGCAGCCAUUUUGUAGCGCUGUCCGAAUUCUCAAUGGUCAUUGGAUGAUAUCAGGGAUAGACAAAUCAGUAGCCUGAGCACCUGGGACAAACAGAUUUCCUAUCCAGGCCAUUUGUUUUUAUUUGUAGUUGCCCCAUAGACAUGUACGUUCAACAACCAGUGAAAGAAAAAAAUCUACUCCUUAUUGACGUUUGCUUUUUGUUUAUCAUUUGGCAUGUAGCUAAUUUUAACUUCACGUUAGUGUGACGCACCACAGUGCUGUUCAUAUACUCAUUUGUUUCCAUUAUUAUCAUCUGUAUUAAUGCACCUGACUAGUUCACCUACUCGUAACACAUUACUACAUUGCAUGCACUACAGUGAAGAUUCCACUUGCCCGAUAAAAAAUUGUACUGGGCAAUAAUGUAAAUCGCAGUUUUUUUCUAAAGUAUGUAUAUAAUUUGAUCAUUCUUACAAGGCUCAAACACUUUAAGAAAGACAAACUGCACCUUUAAGGACAUUCACAGCUGGACAAAAGGCCUGAGACAGAGCACACUUGGGAAAAUUUUCACAUCUAAUUCACUCAUUGAGGAGGAAUGAUGAACGCUAACUGAGGUGUGAACCUUAAGCAGACUUUCCUACUUUAUAACAUCCAGAUGUUGAGGAAAAGCAGGAUUGGGUGUUGCUGAUAUAUUAAUUUGAAAGACCGUCGUUAAUAGGAGAGAAAUAUGUAGAAGCAUUUUAUAACAAGAAACAGAUGGUGGAAAUGUUUUAAAGUGAAAUAUCCUAAACAGUUGCCUUCUUUCUUUGCACCUACAGAAGUUUAGAUACAUUUUGUUGCAUUAAUUAAUUAGUUCAGUUGUUUUGGGUUUUUUUUUUUUGCUUGUGAGAACAUUAAGGAUAUAUGGAGUCAAACUUGUUUUUUUAAUAAUAUACUGCAAACAUUAGAUUAUAUUAUAUAUUUUAUUAUUUCCAAUUAGGUAUAUUAUUUUGUAGAAUAUGUUUGAGGAAAUAGGCUUAAUGAUCUUGUAUUUGUUACACUAUAUUAAUCUCACAAUGAGAAAUAUUAUUCAAGAUAUUGACUUGCUAAGAUAUAUUUUUUGCAGUGUAGACAGCAGUAUGUGCAGAUAUUUGAUUUGAUUUUUUCCAAUUUGUUAUAUUUUCUAGAAUAUUUUUAAGACAAAUAAACAUCUUCACUGUCAUUUUAAACCUACUUGUAAAUAUUAUAUAGUAAUUAAUUACACAAUGUAUCUUUAAAUAUGUCUGAAUUCAUGUGAUUAUUUAAUUUUGUAGUCAUUUGUGAUGUAUGAGGAAAUUUAAAAAAAAAAAAAAAAAGUGUAUUUCUCACUCUUUGGAUGGUACGUAGAUUAACGCAUCCAACCAGUAACAUACACUGCCUGAAAUGUAGAUGUUAUUAAUAAUCAAGAAUAACAUAUUACAACAACUCAGUGUCUGAACACACUAUUUUUGUCAAUACAUUUCUCAUUUACGUCAUAUGAAUUUGUCAUCUGUAU